AUGUCCCUGCACUGGCUUUCCUCAGCGGUGCUGCUGCUCUUUUUGUUGGUGUGCUGCGGCGGCAGUGGGGCCGGGGCCAACGCUGCAGAGACGCAGGAGGCGUCGAAGGAGGUGGAGCUCUUCAAACCAGGGGAAGCUCCAGUGCUUGCGGAGGGAGAAGAGAGCGGCAGUAGCACUCGCUAUAAAAGUGUCUCCUCUUUCUACAGCCACUCCCUUCUUGACGUGAAUGGUGUGCUGGUUGCUCUUGCCGUCGGCGCACACAGCAACACGCGCCCUGAGAUUUGGGCAAAGUACAGUGCGUACGGGGCAAAUGAAAAGUUGAAUGAAGACGCUGCAUUGGAAGGAAAAGCGUGGAAGACGCAGCUUGUGACGAAGCGACCGGAGGCAGAGGGCUACCUUGUAUCACCGUUUGGCCCCCAGGCUCUGGGGAAGGGCAAUAAAAUACAUUUGCUUCUGCAAAAAAGAAGAGUGGCCAAAGAGCCUUCUUUGCAGAGCGAUCCUGGGUGGGGCCUUGCGUUGAUUGUUGGUGAAGUUCGGGAGUCCGGGGGCGAGCGGGGAGAGCGACGAGUCUCGUGGGAAGGUCCCCGGCCGUUGGACUCCAUGCUUGCCAGACAGAUGCAGCAGCGGUCGUGGAAGGUGCUGCAGCCCGCGAGUAUGUCCAGAGGCGUCGCGGUUGGGGACGCAACGGUUCUUUUCCCUCUUAUGGGGACCACCAACGACGAAACAGGCGGGCGUGCCUGCACCGUCAUGUACUCGAGCGACAAUGGGGAUAACUGGGGGAUUCCUGCGGCGCCUGUGGUUGCUCAGGACUGUGACGCUGCCACGCUUCUCGAGUGGGAGGGGAAACUCUUCAUGGCCACCUCCGGAUCUUCUCAGUGGCGGCGCAGGAUCUUCGAAUCCGGCGACAAGGGGAAGACGUGGAACGAGGCUGCCGGGCCCUUCUCACGCCUGUUGGGCGACGCAUACGCAUUGACUAUGGCCUACGUUGCUUCAGCCCUCACCACUGCAACGAUUUCGGGCAGGAGUGUGCUGCUGUACACCACGGUAAUGUCGGUCCAUAGUGUUGAGCGCCAAAGGCACCACGUACUCCACCUGUGGCUCUCCGACGGUGCUCGGACCCACGAUGUUGGGCCAAUAUCUGCGGAUGAUGCGGGCGACGCCCCCUUCAGCUCGCUGCUGUACACAAGAGAUGAGUUGUUUGCCCUCUACGCGAAGGUGGGUGAGAGUGGAAGGUCAGACAGCCUUGUCUUUGCGAGUCUCCCGCAGCCACUGCAGCGCAUCAAGUCCGUGCUGCAAACUUGGAAGGACGUGGACGCCAGAGUCGCAAAGCUUUGCAGCUCCGCCACCACCCCCGCUGCUGCGAAGGGCGCCGCAGAACCCGCUGCUGCCUGCGUCGGUGCUAUGCCAACGGACGGGCUGGUUGGGUUUUUGUCGAACAAUGGCAACAAUACCCACUGGAAGGACGAGUACCUUGGGGUGGGCGCCACGGUGUUUGGAGCAACGAAGGUUGCCAAUGGCUUUGUGCUGGCAGGGCGUGGUGCAUCGAUUGUGUGGCCGGUGGGCAGAGAACGGCGGAAUCCCGGGCACGGUUCUGUGGGCGAAGAGGUGACUCUUGUGGCGACGGUGACCAUCAACAAAGCGCCACAGGGCGUCACCCCAGUGUUGGGCGUGGGGACAGCGGAGGCUGGAAUGUAUCUGGGGCUGUGGUACGACGAGCACAAGCGCUGGAGGACGAAGUUCGGAGGAGAAGGAGCGGACGCACAAACACUGGCGUGGGAGGAGGGGAAGGCGUACCGAGUGGUGCUCACGGUGGGGAACGGCACGGGCUCGGCAUACGUCGACGGGCAGCUUGUGGGGAGUUUGGAGGAGAAACCUCCAUUUACUGACGUGUUUCCUCCGCCUCCGCCUCUGCCUCUGCCUCCUCAUGAGCAAUUUCAGCAUGAGAGGGUCUCGCACAUCUUCGUUGGGGAAUACAGGUACGACGAAGUAAACGCAGAGGUCCACGUGACGGUGACGAACGUAUUUCUGUACAGCCGCUGCUUCAACGCCAGUGAGGUUGCGGCGCUGGAGAGGAAGGAGGAGGCCAGCGUGACGGAACCGGAGGAGGUGCCGCUUCGCACCGCUGCACCCGCUGUCAGUGACCCGAAGAACUCUGCGCACGACGAGGCUGCAGCAGCUGGCGGC